AAUCAGAUCAUGAUGAGAUCACAAUAAUGAAACUAACUCACCUUUAAACACAUACCCUAAAUAAUCCUGAUCAUAGGUUACUCGAGAAAGACAUCGAGAUAACCGGAAAAGACUUGUGUACUGUAUACUCAUCCAUAUGAUGGAGGCAAUUGGUCUCAUAGUUGCUCGUUUAGGGAUUUUAGUGAUACAGUGCAAGUGCUCAUUAUAGAAUGAGUUCGUUGAUUGAUCUGCUUACGGAAUAUUGGAUAGUUGAUGAUGCAUUAUUGUCAUAUAACGAUUUCGUAGUCCUAGUAGUGUAUCUGGCCCUUAGACUUGAGAUACCAAGGAUGUCCUAUAUGAGUACUUUACUCUUUGAUAAUAGACUUAUAGGUCAAGAAGUUUCAGAUCUAGCAUAGCUGGUCAUCGGGAGUGGUAGCUAACCUUACGAGGGCUAUUGAGUAUUGAUAGAUGAUCAUCCGCUCUCGAUGUCAUGAAAGGAAUAUCUCAUGUGUUCUUGCUCAAACAAAUCCCUAGCUAAGGUUAUUCGGAUUGAGAGAGAAAUAGUUCUCCAGGAGAAUCCGAUUAGAACAAGAUUUAAGUAGGAAUCAUAUGAGUCUAACAACACUAUGCCUAGUAUAUGGUCUCUAGGAUAUUAGAUGGAUGAAGGAAUAUAGGUUCAUGGUAAUUGAGGAUAGAUAGAUUCAAAUAAUUGGAUUCCCCUAUAUCGUUUGGAGACUGCGGCGUAAUGGCCUAGUACGUCCGCAAUCGAUAAAUCAAGUGAAUUAUUAUGAAGAUAAUAAUUCACUGAGCCAAGAGUUCUGACAUGUAUGACUCAUGACUAACUCGAUAUUGGGCCUAGAGGGUCAUACACAUAUGGUAGGCAUUACGAUGAAUAGAGGUUCAGAUAUGAGAUAUCAGUUGGAGCCUCUAUCUUAUUGAAUAUCUAAUAAGCCCUUGAAUUAUUGGAUCUAAUAGAUGAGAUCCAAUAAGACCCAAUGAGAGAUUAUUGGAUAGAGAUCCACUAAUCUAAGUGACUUGGAUAGUUGGAUGGAGAUUUAGCACCCAAUAGGGCAGAAUUCAUUAUGAUUAAGUUGACAAGAGACCUCUAUAAACAGGAGAGAACCAAAGACCUAUAUGCUAGAGGUUUCUUGGUUACGACCUUCUAUUCUCCUCUCCUCUUCUCCUCCUCAGAUAGCAGGUGUGGAGAUUUGAGCAAUUCGAGGAGCAUUGUCACAGCCCUACUAUGUGGAUCACUGUUAAAGAGGAGGACGCUUAGCAUUCUUCAUCCUCUCCUACAUAUAUGUUAGGAUUCAAGGAUAUACGAUCUCUCUAAGUAACAUAACUAUCUCACAUGUAGUUUUUAGUUUCACGGAUUUUGCACACCAAUUUUCGUACGACGAUAAACACCUUUUUUUUUUUUUAGAAAUUUGAGGUUUUUUAUUUUCUGUUCUUUCGCUACGCAUGUGAUGUCACCCCUAGAUUUCCCUACAAAGUCAAAUGCACCCAAGAUGAGUGAGUCGAGAAUACCCAAUCUGCACCAAGAUAAAUCUGCUAUAGCGGAGGUGCAAAGCUAAAUCCGCUUGAGGCAUGUGAGUCAAAAAAGCUUAACCUAUGUAGGUAGAUCCGCCCUGAUGGAGGCUCUAGAUCGAUCAUGCCUAAGGCAUGAGGAUCAAGAAGGUCCAACCUAUACCGAGGAUAGAAGAACGACUUUUAGAACCAUGCUCUGGAUCUCCCAGAUUAGAGUCCCGGAGCAUACCUUCGUAGCGAGGGAAAUAAUAGGAAAUAUUUUGACAACCAGUCUCUAUCUUCCAAUCAAUCACCCCAAGGGUGCUGACAUAAAAGAAGAGGGCUAACUCACCCUCCACUAGGUGAUAACGUGAGGCUUAUUAGAGCAUGUCAACCCGUAUAGACAAUAAUUCAUGAGAGGUCAUUCGAGCUGAUCAUAUCAACCUCUAUAAAUAAUAAUCUACAGGAGGUCAUUCUAGUUUGUUCGUCCUUUUGUCGCUCCUGUGGACAAAACGUCAAAGGCGGGACAUUGAAAUCAUUACAAAGGAUCCCUAACAUCGGAGGGGUUGGGUCAAAAAACUCUUUUCGACGUUAGUCUUUGUGCAGGAACCCACUGAUAACUAGGAUUCCAUCUCGAAUCGACUUCUAGACUACGUCGAAUAUAUUAGAGUUACACGGAUACCAUAUCAAAGUCACCUUAGUUGCACUACGACCACUAUGAUAGUUCUUUAGAUACCCCUGCACUAAAACCGUUAUGAUAAUUCUUUAGAUAUCCCUAUAUUUUCAUAUCACAGCUAAAUCAACCUGACUCAAAUGUCAAUUAGAAUUCCCCUAAACAACCCUUGAUCAAAAUGGCGACUACUUUUCAUGAGAACGAUGGCCAGCCAUCUGAUAAUACUCGACCUAACAACCAUCUUCAAUGAUAGCCAGCCUUUAAUUUCAUACCUAUAGUUGGUGGCAUCAAACACCAUAUGUGACAUUUGGAGCACCGGCAGUUUGCCCUUUGGCCGGUGCCUCGUACCAACUGAGCACCGGCAGUUUACCACAUGCCACCGGCAGUUCCUUCACCUAUAUACGCGCAUACAUGCAACAACAUUCCAGAUUACAACAAUGUCGUUGCAUGUAUCUAUGCAUGCAAUGCUGUGGAGAUCUGACAACCGUGUGAUCAUGUGCAUGACCUGAUGUGAGACGCAUGAGAAACAAAGUAUAAAUCAUGGUAGGUUGCGGCCUCGUCAACGUUGAAGCCCCACCUCAUUGAAUUCUUGAUUGCUGAUCAUGUUAUACACAACACAGAAAGCUUAGGAAAGCAUGCAUCUUAAUGAUGUGUUGACACGACAUGGUCCGCCGUUUCAAGUUACGAUCAAUCAUUGUAAGUCGUCGUGGCAGUACGAUCAAUCACCGCACCCACAGUACUAUUUAUAUGCAUCCCUCGCUCAGGUGUCCCAAACCAUCUCUCUCUCUCUCUCUCUCUCUCUCUCUCUCUCUCUCUACACAAACACGUACAGAGGCUUCGCUCUCGAGAGCAGCGACAUGGAAAGCAUACGAAUCGUGAAGUUCUUCAAGAACAAGAGCAUUCUGGUCACUGGAUCCACUGGCUUCCUGGCAAAAAUAUUCGUGGAGAAGGUGCUGAGGGUUCAACCCGAGGUCAAGAAGCUUUUCCUCCUCGUCAGAGCCGGUGAUGCCGCAUCCGCCAACCGGCGUGUGCAAACUGAGAUACUAGACAAGGAUUUAUUUAAGGUUCUAAAAGACAAACACGGCGACGGGUUCCAUUCAUUUGUUGCGAGCAAACUUGUUCCUCUGGGUGGCGACAUAGUCCAGGAAGAUUUAGGAAUACAUGACUCUGAUCUCCGAAGAAACUUGUGGAAGGAAGUAGAGGUUGUUGUCAAUGUAGCUGCAACCACCAACUUUGAUGAGAGAUAUGAUGUUGCGUUGGGCAUCAAUGUCCUCGGAGCCAAGCAUAUUUUGGAGUUUGCCAAACGAUGUGUUAGGCUACAAAUGCUUCUCCAUGUUUCUACCGCUUAUGUAGCUGGCGUGCAAAGCGGACUGAUCUUGGAGAAGAAGUUUCUCAUGGGAGAGACCCUCACGGGGGACUCCUACUUGGACAUUGAAGCAGAACUAAGCUUGGCGGACAAGAAGAAGAGGGAGCUCCGUGCAGAGGACGCAACCGAGGAAGCAGAGAAGCUAGCCAUGAAGGAACUGGGGAUAAACAGGGCUAAGUUGUUUGGUUGGCCAAACACCUACGUUUUCACCAAAGCGAUGGGUGAGAUGUUGCUUGGACACUCGAGAGGAGAUCUGCCGAUGGUUAUUUUGCGCCCAACGAUCAUAACAAGCGUUCAGAGUGAUCCACUGCCGGGUUGGAUCGAAGGAACACGGACGAUCGACAGCGUAAUCAUAGGUUACGCGAAGGGGAAGAUCACAUGCUUCUUUGGAGAUCUCGAUGUCAUCAUCGACGUGGUGCCCGGGGACAUGGUGGUGAAUGCGAUGAUGGCGACCAUGGCAGCUCACUCGAAGCAGCAGGCCGAGUUCAUCUACCACAUGGGCUCGUCCGUGAGAAAUCCAGUGCCGUACGCCACCCUGGAGCAUUGUCACUUCCGUUACUUCCUUGCCAACCCUCGCGUCGGGAGAGAUGGAAGUGUCAUGCCGACGAAGAGGCUUUCUUUCAUCAAAAGCAUGGUCGGAUUCCGCGUCUUCAUGACUCUGAGAUACAAGCUGCCAUUGGAGGUAAUGCACCUAUUCAAUCUAUUAUCUUGUGGACGAAUCGCUCGCGGAUACAAUGAACUCAACCGGAAGUACAAGUAUGUGAUGUAUCUUGUUGAACUUUACAAACCCUACGCCUACUUCGAUGGAUGCUUUGAUGAUCUAAACAUGGAGAGGUUGAGGAUGGCGAUGAAGAAGGACGACGCAGAGGCCAAGAUGUUUGAUUUUGAUCCCAAGCACAUUGACUGGGAGGCUUACUUCAGUAGCAUUCAUAUCCCAGGUGUAAUGAAAUAUGCAUUCAAGUGAGCCAUCAAAGAUGAACAUCAGGAUGUUUGAUGCGCUCGCUAUCUAUUAAAAGUUGUCAUCGGAUGUAAACCCGUCUUGGUGGAAAUAAAAUAUAAAUUGCGUUAA